UCCAAUAGCAAUCGCUGUUCUUAGAAGGCGGCAUCUGGUGGACAACAGCUAGUUAGUUUGAGCUGGGUUUAUUGUUAAGGUUGUGUGGAUUAGCACUGCGGAACCAGAAUGCACUAAAAUAUUAACAAUGUAGUCGGCCAAUGACCUAAUGUAUAAAGAAUAUCAAACUGCUAUUUGGAACUACAGCUGGUUUCUGCAGACAUUUAAUGCCAAACAGAAGGAGGGAAAGAAGAAGCAAUGCUCCUGCUGAAGGAAUAACCCUAAGCCUCAUUACUGGUUCCAGCGUGUCGUGCUCCACAUGGGCAUCUGAGGGGGGAUGGCUAAUUCUGUGACCACCUUGGUGGACCAAACAGAGCUCUUACCUGGCCAGUCCAAUACCUCUCUCUCUCACUUCCCCUCCCUGCUGGGCUCGGGGGAGGACGGUGAGGAAGAGGGCGAUCCAGGGGUACUGGUGGAGGGAGAGAAGGAGGUGGUGGAGGGCGGCGCGGAGGUGGUCCUGGAGAUGGUGACGUCGUCAUCGGUGUCGGGGUCGACCCAGCACCAGGAGCAGGACCAUCCCUUCCAGUGUCUGGUCUGUGGCAAGAGCUUCCGCUGGUCAUCGCGGCUGACGCACCACCAGCGUAGCCACAACAACGAGAGGCCGUACCGCUGCAACCUCUGCCCCAAGGCCUUCAAGGGCUCCUCGGCGCUGCUCUACCACCAGAGGUCUCAUUCGGGUGAGAAGCCGUACCCAUGUGGGGAAUGUGGCAAAGCCUUCAAGCGCUCCUCUCUGCUGCAGGUCCACCAGAGCGUGCACACCGGCCUGCGCACCUUCCUGUGCCCGUACUGCCCGCUGACGUUCAAGUGGAGCUCACACUACCAGUACCACCUGCGGCAGCACACAGGCGAGUGCCCGUACCCAUGCGACAGCUGCCCGAAGGCCUUCAAGAACUCCAGCAGCCUGCGGCGGCACAAGAAUGUGCACCUUGGCCUCAAGCCGUACACGUGCAGCGUCUGCAACAAGGCGUUCACGCAGUCGACCAACCUGCGACAGCACAUGCGCAUACACACUGGGGAGCGGCCCUACGCAUGCAGCGACUGUGGCCGCCGAUUCACCCACUCAUCCAACCUGGCGCUGCACAAGAACUCCCACGCCGCCGGCGGUGCCGGGGCGGCAAAGGAGGGCAAGAUGGGUGCGCCGGUCAGAGAACCCGCCGCACAGAUGGUGGAGAUGGUGGUGGAGCCGGGGGAGGUGACGUCGUCCAUGCUGACGGACAUGGUGGGCUUCGUCAGUCCCGAGGGGACGGUCGGCGUAGGGAUGGAGGAGGUGUUCAUGUCGGCCGCCUCCUCCGGCGGCCAGAACCUCCCCCAGCUGACCCUCUCCUCCUCGGGGCAGGAGGUGUGCGCGCCCCGGGCCAUCGGGACGGAGGUGCACCUGAGUACGGACACGGGGGCCAGCGUGCUGCUGUACAGCUGCGGGACCUGCAGCCAGACGUUCGGCACGCGCACAGAGCUGGAGGAGCACCAGGCGCACCACAUGGGUCCCAACGGACACCGGGGAGGGGGGGAGGCCGGCCAUGGGGAGGACUUGGCCAUGGUGGGCGUGGGGCUGGUGGGAGCGGGUCACCUGCUGGCGGACUUUGAGGAGGUGGUGGAGACCACUACGGUGGGGGAGAAUGGACACACUGCCGAAGAACUCCUCGGGCUGACCGAGGGGGGCGAUGGGGAUAACACGAACGUGGGAACCACCCAGGCUCAGUACGACCUGCUGCACAGCUUCACCGAGGUGUCACCGGCCUCAGAGACGGUCCAAACAGACUCCAGGAACCCCGCGGCCGGCCUGCAGUGCAACUACUGCAGCAAGGCUUUCAAGACCAGCGGAGGCCUCAACAGACAUGUCUCGCUGAUGCACUCUCUUUCGUCCCAGUCCCGCUCCCAGUUCAGCUGCUCGGCCUGCGACCGCUCCUUCCCCCUCCUGUCCUCGCUGCUCACCCACCAGCACUCCCACACCCCUGAGCAGAGGCUGCUGGCCGAGGCGGAGGCUGAGAUCGUGUGCCCGCCUUCGCUGUCCCUGUCUCUGCCCAUGCCCUCAUCCCCCGGCCAGGGGGACAAGCAGCAGGAAGAGGGCCAGAGGGAGAUCCACGUCAACAUCCUCACUGUCGGCGAGGAGCCUGAGGAGCAGGCGCCCAAGUCAGCCAAGGCGGCCAAGAGGACGGCGGCCGGCAAGCCACCGCCGGCUGGAGAGAGACCUUACCGCUGCAGUGAGUGUGGUAAAGCCUUUAAGGGCUCGUCAGGCCUGAAGUACCACAUGAGGGACCACACCGGGGAAAGACCCUAUCGCUGCACCGAGUGUGGGAAGACCUUCAAGAGGUCCUCGCUCCUCUCCAUCCACCAGAGGGUGCAUACAGGUGUACGGGCCUUCCAGUGCCCACAUUGCCCGCUGACGUUCAAGUGGAGCUCCCAUUACCAGUACCACCUGCGGCAGCACACGGGCGAGCGGCCGUACGUGUGUAAGGAGUGUGGAAAGUCCUUCAAAAACACCAGCUGCCUUCGCAGGCACAGCCAGAUGCACUCUGGGCUGCGGCCUCACACCUGCUCCGUCUGUUCCAAGUCUUUCUCCCAGACGUCAAACCUCAAACAGCAUGAGCGCACCCAUUCUGGCGAGCGGCCCUUCCAGUGCACCCACUGCAACAAAACCUUCACCCACUCCUCCAACCUCCAGCUACACCUCCGGACACACUCCUCGCGCAAAGACUUCAAGUGCCCCUACUGCUUCAAGGAGUUUGUCAUGCACUCCUACCUCCAGCGGCACAUCCGCACACACGGCACUGGGGCCUCCCUGCUGGGCCCCGGCGGGGCCACUAAAGACGGGGUGGCGGUGAAGGCUAGCGUCGGGGGAGUGACCACCACCACCACCCUGCUCAACCCCAUCACCCUGGAAUCCUCAGGAAACAAUGGCAGCCUGAUCGUGUCCCAACCGGCGCUGGACAUCCCCCCCAACACCUCCCAGAACUACUUCAUGAUCCAGACGGCCAGUGGCCUGCAGCUCAUUCCCCUGUCGGCCCCGGCGCCCCCCCUGCCCCCUCCUCCUCCCCCACCCCCACCCCCGCCUCCCCCUCCUCAGACCCAGAGCUACCUCCUCCUACAGUGCCCUUCCUCCAACGGCGGCCAGCCGAGCUUGAUUCUGGUCCCUACUGCAAGCAGCCACCUGGCGGGCCCGGAGCCUCAGACCCUCCCAUUGGUCCAGACCGUCAAAGGGCUCCAACCUGUGUUGAGUCCCCCCCAGAGCCAGGGGCCACCGUUUUCAGCGAUGUCCCAGCAGCAACCGCAGACCAGGAUAAUAAUCACCAACAAUAAUCAUGCAAACACUUCCGUUGCCCCGGCAACACACACCACAACACUCAGUAAAUCUCUCCUCACCAGGCCCAUUCUGGGGAGGAGCACUCGCACCGCCAGGGGCCGACGGGGACACAAGACCAAAGCCGCAAUACAGGAAUCCAAACCGGCCGCCGGCAUCCACGCGGAGAUGGAACCUAUACACUCUAAUGCACCAGUUGUCAUGGCAACCAGCAGCACGGAUGCCACCACCCCCACCUCCACCACAGGACAUGCGUCGUUACCCACGGUGUUCUCCAGCGCGCCUUCCUGCGGCUCCGACCAAACCAGUGUGCGUGGCCCUGGGCCGCUCGCCACCGCAGCUACCUCAGGAAGCCCAUCGCCAGCUCCUCCACAGAAGCACCACGCCGCCACAUCCCACGGCCCCCCCUCCCCUGCCGCUCUGGGGGACACGCACUCCCUGAGGGGAGACGGCGAGACGGGGAAGCAGCUUGUGUUGUGUUUUGAUGACGAGCUGAGCCACGAGGUGAUGAAGAGCGACAACGGGAGCCAGGGUUCCUACGUGUUCCAGUUGGAAGGGGCGGGAGAGGGGGCGGGGGGCCGAGAGGGGGCGGGGGGCCGAGAGGGGAAGUCGUUUGUGCUGCAGUUCAAGACCAAGGAGCAGAGGGAGGGAGAGGCGGGGGACGAUAAGGGAGGGAUGGUCUCGCUGCUGCAGGAGUGGGACGGGGGGAAGCAGGAGUUGAGCCGGACAGGGGGGCGCGGUGAGGAGGAGGAGGUUGGGCAGGGGGAGUCGUUUGUUCUUCACUUCAAGUCUGACACACAAGACAAGGACCUAGCAUCGGACUCUAGCUACAGCCACAGUGCGGGCGACCGGCUCGAACUGUCCUGCACACCGAGCCGCGGUCUGGAGCCUCUGGACGGGCAGGAAGUGGUGUUUGAACUGGGGGGCGAGAACAAGAUGCAGCACGAAGCAGGGGAGGGCAUGCAAAUGAUCGCGCUGGUCGAGCGGGAGGGUGGCGCGGCAGGAGAGGGGUCCGGCGGUGGCGGCGGUGGUGGUUUGGAGAGCGGGAGGAUGGGGCAGAACGGGACUGCCAUGGAAGGUAUUUUUCAGUUGGAAGGAGGGGAGGGUAUCGUUAUCAUAGAGGUCAGAAGCCUAUCAGAAGAGGGUACUGAUAGGCGAAGGGAGGGGCAGGUGUUGGAGAUGACCGAAGCGAAGGAAGGAAGUUUCAAAAUGGAACAAAACGACAUAUGUGGAAACGAAUGUAAUUCUGCAGAGAACACAAAUGGACAGAUAACUUUAACUGCCAAAACUGUUUGAAAUGGACCUAACGGGAGCGUGUCUAUGUUCCCCGGGUCCUAUGUUCCCCGGGUCCUAUGUUCCACUCUUUGUAUGAGACUUGGGAAAUAGGACCCUUUUUUGAAAAAAGGGUCCUAUGUUCCCCGCUUUU